AUGCACAGAGAAUUGUACUCUUGGAACCCAUCUCCUCAAGUUCCCCAUAAGUUACUGCAUCUGGUGUGGAUACACACUUGUCAUUUACCAGGGAACAGGCAGCAGGAUGCCCACGAGUUCCUCAUCGCUGCCCUAGAUGUUCUGCACAGAUACUGCAAGGGCGAUGAUGUUGGCAAAGUGGCCAGCAAUCCCAAAUCUUCACAAAUUUUCACAGGUGGCCUGCAGUCAGAUGUCACCCGUCAAGCCUGCCAUGGUGUUUCCACCACUAUAGACCCAUGCUGGGACAUUAGUCUGGACUUGCCUGGGUCUUGCACAUCCUUCUGGCCUCUGAGCCCAUGGAGGGAGAGCAGUGUGAAUGGGGAAAAACACAUACCAGGCAUUAUUAGUACCCUCAUGGACUGCUUGCGAAGGUUUACAAGGCCAGAGCACUUAGGAGGCAGUGCCAAAAUCAAAUGUGGUAGUUGCCAAAGCUACAAAGAAUCUAGCAAACAGCUCACUAUGACAAACUUGCCAGUUGUUGCUUGCUUUCAUUUCAAAUGAUUUGAACACUCAGCCAAACAGAGGCAGAAGAUCACUACAUACAUUUCCUUUCCUCUGGAGCUGUAUACGACACCAUUUAUGGCAUCAAGUAAAGAAACCUGAACGAGUGGACAGUUGCAACUGCUAACCAAUAGUAGGAACAACGAGAAUAAGUAUUCCUUGUUUGCUGUGGUUAAUCACCAAGGAACCUUGGAGAGUGGCCACUACACAAGCUUCAUUCGGCACCACAGGGACCAGUGGUUCAAGUGUGAUGAUGCCGUCAUCACCAAGGCCAGCAUUAAAGAUGUGCUGGACAGUGAAGGGUAUUUACUGUUCUAUCACAAACAGGUGCUGGAAUCAACCAAACAAACUGCAAAAGAAAUCUCACUACUUCUUUACAAGACUCAAAUGGUUGGAAAUGGUAAAAUGAAUAAGUCCAUACCUGCACUACAGAACAAUUCAGAGAAAUUAUCAGUGGAUGAGAACUGCGAGAAGUUCUCAGAUGUGGGGCAGGAGAUGGGGCCAGGACCACUUGUUCUGGUCAACCAAAGAAGUCCUCGCCCCUGA